AUGGCCAAGGAAGAAGAAAAGUCCAUGCGGUCGGGGCACUGGAGCUGGUGGAAGUCAGCUGUGGCCCCCUCGCUUCCCGACGCUCCAUCCCCCCGCCCUGCCUGCCCGUCCACCCGCCUGCCCGCCAGCCUGUCCACUUUCCAGAACUUCCACUCUUUCGACCCCUUUGCUGAUGCAAGUAAGGGUGAUGACCCGCUUCCUGCUGGCACUGAGGAUUAUAUCCAUGUAAGAAUUCAACAGAGAAACGGCAGGAAGACCCUUACUACUGUCCAAGGGAUGGCUGAUGAUUACGAUAAAAAGAAACUAGUGAAGGCGUUUAAGAAGCCAUGUGCCUGCAAUGGUACUGUAAUUGAGCAUCCAGAAUGUGGAGAAGUAAUUCAGCUACAGGGGGACCAGCGCAAGAAAACGCCAUGCCAGUUCCUUGUUGGGAUGGGACUGGCUAAGGAUGAGCAGCUGAAGGUUCAUGGGUUUUCAGUGCUUUAGGCUCACUGAAGCUUAAGAGUGGAUUUUCUUGCAAUGAGUAGAAUUUCCCUUCUGUCCCUUGUCACAAGUUUAAAAACCUCACAGCUUAUAUAAUAUAACCAUUUGGGGUCUGCUUUUAACUUGGACUAGUGUAACUCCUUCAUGCAAUAAACUGAAAAGAACCAU